AAUAAUAAUAAUAAUAAUAAUAAUAAUAAUAAUAAUAAUAAUAAUAAUGAAAUUUCAAGUGUAUACUCAUAUUAAGAGAUUACAAUAAAUAAAGCAUACUUUGAUAAUUCGUUAUAACAGUAUAUACUUAUACAUAUAUAUAUAGCAAUAUCAAAUGAACGGAUAACGAAUUAAUACAACAUUUCUUGUGUACCAAUGAGUUUAGCAGCGGCGGUAUUACUCAUUUUAGUGAUUAUUCAUUGAAAAGUUGUUUGUGUAAUGCCUGGGAGCCGCUCUAGUACAGACCUAGAACAUAAAUCACCGCGCGAAAGUGGUGAAGAUUCUGAAGAUGAGAGUGAAAUUUUGGAGGAGAGUCCUUGUGGACGAUGGCUAAAAAGAAGAGAAGAGGUGUAUGUCGGUUCAAAAUCAAUUCCAACAGAAGGGUCAAACAGUUCAAGAGCAAUGGAAAAAAAAGUUUCUGAAUUAGAGGUUGGACAGCGAGAUGUACCGGGAAUAGAUUGUGCUUAUUUGGCUAUGGAUACAGAAGAAGGCGUUGAAGUUGUAUGGAAUGAAGUACAAUUUUCAGAAAGAAAAGAUUUUAAAGCUCAAGAAGAAAAGAUACAGCUUGUUUUUGAAAAUUUAAUACAAUUGGAGCAUCCAAGUAUUGUCAAAUUUCAUAGAUAUUGGACAGAUACACAUAAUGAUAAACCACGGGUUAUUUUCAUUACGGAGUACAUGUCAUCUGGAUCAUUAAAACAAUUUUUGAAACGCACAAAACGCAACGUUAAGAAGUUACCGUUACAAGCAUGGAAACGAUGGUGUACACAAAUAUUAUCGGCAUUAAGUUAUCUACAUUCUUGUUCUCCACCAAUAGUUCAUGGAAAUCUGACUUGUGAUACUAUAUUUAUUCAACAUAAUGGACUUGUUAAAAUUGGCUCAGUUGCACCCGAUGCAAUUCAUCACGAUGUAAAAACUUGUAGGACAAAUGUUAAAAAUAUACACUUUGUUGCACCCGAAUAUGGAAAUUCAUUAACACCAGCUAUUGACAUAUAUUCAUUUGGUAUGUGUGCACUUGAAAUGGCUGCAUUGGAAAUACAAGGGAAUGGAGAUUCCGGUACAAUAGUAACAGAAGAAAAUAUACAAAAAACUAUUGAAUCAUUAGAUGACUUUCAACAGAAAGAUUUUAUUCGAAAAUGUCUUCAAAUUGAUCCACUUAGUAGACCAAGUGCUAGAGAAUUAUUAUUUCAUCCAAUUUUAUUCGAAGUGCCGUCACUUAAAUUACUCGCAGCUCAUGCUCUGGUCAAUUCUUCAGCUACAAAUACGUCAGAAACAAUUACGGAUGAAGUUCUUCAAAGAUUGUAUGGACCAGAUACAGUAGUUGCUGAAAUUAAAUGUCAAGGUCAACUACCUCAACAAAUUAGAUUGAGUGACAUAUCUGUAACGGAAAAAUUAGAAAAAUUUGUUGAAGAUGUUAAAUAUGGAAUUUAUCCUUUGACUGCAUUUAUGGCUAAAUUACCUCCUCCUCCAGUACGGCCCAGAGCAAUAUCUCCUGAAGUAACCGAAUCUGUAAAAUCAGUAACGCCAGAGCCUUUAAAUCCGGAAUCACGUAGAAUCGUUCACAUGAUGUGUAACGUCAAACCAAGUGAUGACAGCUCUGAACUUAAUAUGACUAUAUUAUUACGAAUGGACGAUUCGAUGAAUAGGCAACUAACAUGUCCCGUAAAUGAAAUAGAUACACCACUUCUUCUUGCACAAGAACUCGUACAUUACGCUUUUAUCAAUGAGAGUGAUCGUGAUACUUUGGCACAUUUAAUUGAAGAAACAUUGAGAAGUUAUUCCAACAAACAAAAAAUGCGACCUGGAAUGGUAUCAUUAGCAAAUUUACCUAAUCAAGCUCCUUUAUUACUUCCAGUAGAAUUGGAAUUAUCUCGCAGAAAGGAUAAUUGUUUAAAUGAUAUUACAUCUUCUUCAAUAAUAGCUAAUAGUGAUGAUGAAAAAAAAUUGUUGCAACAUGAAUCGUUAUCUAAAUUGAAUUCUUAUGUUGGAAAGUGUACAAAUUUAGAUGGAGAUGUAAUACAUUCGACGAGUGAAAGCGGUAGCAGUUAACUAAAUGUAAAGGAUUCUAAAUAUGUAAUUUAAACUUUAAUUUUUGUCCUAAUGCGCGUGUGAUUGUUAGACUGGUUAUGUAUUUUUAUAUAUUCAAAGUGAAGGCAAUAAUGAACAAAUAAUAAUAACACUCGAAUGUGCCCUGAUAAUGAUAAUGGUGUUGGGGAAUACCUUCCGUUAUAAAUAAAUAUAUAUAUAUACAUAUUCAUACGUCAAAACAAAAAAAACUGCUAUAGUAAUAAUAAUUGGUAAAUCACAGUGCUUAUUGUAAAUAACAACAAAUUUUUAAUACUUUUACCAUAAUUUUAUUAGAUCCUUAUAUUAUUUUUGUCUUUAUAAUUAAAAAAACGCAACAAUCCCAUUUUUAAACAGCAUGCAACAUAUGAUGAUAGUAAAAAUUAAUAAUGUCAAUGACUAGUAAUAUUAGAAGACAUACAAAUUUUAUAAAUUCUAUAAUACCUUACGAUAUUAUCAUCAUAAUAAAUUGCAAAAUAUCAAAUAUAUAAAAUAUUUGUAAAUGAUUUACAUAUAUUUUUAAGUCUGUUGAGAGAAUAAACUAGUCAUACAUAUAACACAUAAGCGCGUAUAAUAUUUGAAGAUUAAGUAAUAAAUUUAAAUUUCUACAUUCUGUGAAUGCUGUUAUGCAUUCUGUGUUAAAAAAAAAGAAAAUAAUGGUUUAGUGUAUAACAUAUUUGUUAAAAAAUGGAAACGUGGCAAACAUCUUUUAGUCAUUAGCAUCAAUUAAUUAUAUAACUGUAAUUUGGCUUUAGUUAUACUUUAUAUAUAACUAAACUACGGCAUUAUCGUCAACAAAUAGCUUUAUAAUUAUUGAAAUUAUAAUUAAAAGAAAUUUGGAAAGUGAAUGACGACUGAAUUGUUGAUAUUAUAAGACGACAGGGUUGUACAAUAAAAAUAAAUAUUAUAAUUCGCAGAUAUAAAA